AUGAAGCAACUGAACAAUAUAAAUUCCUUCUUACACACAGAUUUACCUAAGGAUUUUAGCCAACAUUUUACUUCUAGUUAUCGAGGCCAUUUGCUAUUGGCCACUGCUAUUUGCAUUUUAGCUGUGGAUUUCAACUCAUUUCCCUCUAAAUUCGCCAAGACAGAUACAUAUGGGUGGUCUGUUAUGGAUGCUGGCGUAGGCUCCUUUGUCCUUGUCCAUGGACUGUGCUCCUCUUAUGCAAGGAAAACACUAAAUGGUAACAGCUUUAAGAAAUGUCUAAUGUCAUCUCUUCCUCUUCUUAUCCUUGGAUUUCUGAGACUAUUUUUUACCACAGCUGUGAAUUAUCAUAAAGUUGUAUCUGAAUAUGGAGUCCACUGGAAUUUCUUUUUUACAUUGGCUUUUACAAAGAUAUUUUGCUUUAUUAUAAUGGUCCUAAUUCCAAUAAGACCAGGAAUUUUAUCCAUGAUCACUAUGGUUCUUCAUCAAUGGCUGCUAUUAAAAGGGGGACUGACAUCAUUUGUUUUAUCUGAUGACAGAAGGAAUCUUUUUGAAGAAAAUAAAGAAGGAAUUUGCUCUCUAUUGGGAUUUAUGUCACUUUAUUUAUAUGGUAUUGAGCUAGGAAGUUUAUUAUGGAAGACCAGUGAAUAUCUUCGUCUGCUGUGGCAACUUUGUGGUAUUGGUCUUUGUGGAUGGAUAAUAAUGUAUGCUUUGCAUGCUAGUGUUCAACCCAUCUCGAGAAGAAUGGCCAAUUUGUCUUAUUGUGUGUGGGUUGUCUCGCUGACUACACUACAAAUUGCUGUCCAUUUUUUCGAAAAUAUUUUCCUACUUUUCUCCAGUAAAUUUUUGAAACACAAGUUUACCGAUUGUUUAUUGUGGAAAGCCAUCAAUUUUAAUGCACUUUUUUAUUUUUUACUAGCUAAUAUAAUUACUGGUGUUGUUAAUUUGUCUAUUCAUACUUUCAAAGCAUCAAACCUAGUCUCUCUUAUAGUUCUUGUUCUGUAUCUAACAGUUCUAUCUCUUAGCACAGUUGUAUUUUUUCAGCAUUCGAUUUGUUUCAAAUUUUGGUGA